CCCUUUCUGUAAAUUUCUUUGUUACAUAUCACAAAAUUCCCCAACUUUUUUUAUCUUCUCUACAGACCCUAAUCGCAGAUCCCAGCAAGAGCCACACUCUCUCAAGAAUCGCCAUGGACUACGCUUCUCGAAGAAGUCAAGGAGGCCUAUUCGAAGGUCUCUACAGAGUCAUCAUGCGCCGUAACUCCGUCUACGUCACAUUUGUCAUCGCCGGCGCUUUCCUCGGAGAACGGGCUGUGGAUUAUGGAGUUCAUAAGCUCUGGGAAUACAACAAUGUUGGGAAACGAUACGAAGACAUUUCUGUGCUAGGACAGAGGCAAUCAGAGGAAUGAACUCAUCCUUUUCCUUCUCUUUUUGGAUGUUUUGAAGUUUUUAUUUGAGGAAUGGGUAUGAGCAUAUAUCUAUGAUGUAGCAAUGCUCAUUGUUGCAAUAAAAUGUCACUUCUUUUUUUUUUU